UCGAAGCUCAAGUCAUUUUUGAAUUUCAAGCCUCCAGCACACAAUGAAGCUUGGUUUUAUCCUAAUCCUAUUUCCACUAGUUCUUUCAAAGGAAAUCCCUAUGAAGAAAAGAUGCGUUUUUGUUGACGAUGGACUUCAAUCCAAGGAUUGCGGUUUAAUGUACACCGAGGAGGAGUUUGCCGCAUUCUUGGCGAAGCAGGCUGCUGAUGUAGCUGACUUCGCCAUCACAAAUCCUUGUGGUCUCCUGUCCUGCUCCAAGAAAUUUAAAAGAGACUUGGACUUUCAAUACAGCUAUGCGUCGUCUACAGUACAAAAGAGAGACCAAAGGCAUGAAUCUCCAGAAGAUCAGGCCGUUAAUUAACGUCUAAAUAUGACAAUUAAUAAGAUUCAAUCGUCUGUCCUGCCCAGGU